AUGAUGGGGGAGAAAUCACGCUUGGUAGAGCCGUGGGAAGAUGGAAAAGACCAGGAAUAUAGGGAUCGGAAAAAGCGAAAGAGUGUAGAAUUCAAGAAUUCACCGCAGUCAAAGUCAUCUACCGCACAAGACAGCCCGGAGCCCGCGCGCUCCGAGUUCGGAGUGGCCAUCUUUUGCGCCCUUACCCUCGAAGCCGACGCCGUAGAUGCCCUGCUGGACGGCCACUGGAAUCAACGCAAAGGCCAUCCGGACGAAAAGGCCCCAAAUGAUCCAAACAGCUAUACCACCGGCAUCAUUGGUUUACACAAUGUCGUGUUGGUUCACAUGCCACAGAUGGGAAAGGUCAGCGCGGCCUUUGUAGCGGCCUUUUGUCUAUCGAGUUUCCCCAAUAUCAAGCUUGCCCUUGUGGUGGGCAUCUGCGGCGCUAUCCCGUCCACGUCCCAAGACACCGCAGGCCGAAAUAUCUACCUGGGCGACGUCAUAGUCUCCGAUGGGGUUGUCGAGUACGAUUUUGGUACGGAGCUGCCAGAGGGCUUCACGCGCAAGGCGACCUCGUACGGUUCCACGACUACCGAAAUAAGAUCGCUUCUCGCGAAAUUAAAAGGCCGGCGUGGCCGCAAAGAGUUGGCGGAGGGCAUGGAGGAUUCUUUACAAACCCUCCACAAUACUCCUGAUCUAGUUGAGAAGUAUAUGGACGCUGUGAAUGAUGAAGUAUACGAUUCAACAUAUCGCCACAUUGAGGACAGGAUCCCGUGCGAAAGGUGCGGUUGCGAUGAACGUUUCAUCAGACGCCAUCGCAUCCGAACUGCCGAGACUGCGCCUGCCGUUCACUUUGGCCUGAUGGCAUCCGGUGACACGGUGAUGAGGUCCGCAGAGAUGCGAGAUCGCAUCGCAAGCCGGGAUAAGGUCAUAGGUUUUGAGAUGGAAGGCUCAGGCGUGGGGAAUACCAUUCCCUGCGUCAUCAUCAAGGGCGCGUGCGACUACGCGGACAGUCAUAAGAAUAAGAUUUGGCAACCGUACGCCGCGGCGACGGCGGCGGCAUGCGCCAAGGCGUUUCUUCAGCACUGGCGGGUGACUUCAUCCUUUUAG